GAUCAAGCGGCUAUUUGAAUUUACGUGUUGGAAGCGAAGUAAGCAGUUUGCCGUGAAACGGUUUGGUGGCCGAAAUGCGCGUUUCGAACGUGGAAAAGGCAGGAAAAGUGUUUUACGACCGAUUAAAUACAUUUUCGAUAACAAGUGCUUGAAUUGUGCGUUUUAAUUUCCAAAAGUGAAGAAAACCAGCAAAAGUCAAGGAAAAAGAUAAUUACGCAUAUAAGGACUUCAAAAAGAAUCAAAUUGAGCGAAGCGCCCUCUGGCCAUGACUUUUAGCACUUUCAAAUAGCGUCCGUUGCUGUUUAUCCACCGUUUAGACGAGUGUCCAAAAGUUCAUUUCCGCCGGAAACGCCUUACAGAGCUUUGUCCGCAAACAAGUGCAAAGCCGCUGACCGGGUUCCACAAAUGGAGAUGCGAAACUAAAUCUGAGCACUUCGUUUCUCAAAAUUGAGUUAGUUAAGGUCGGAAACGAGGCUUGGAUUUGCCUCCCAAUAAUCGACAAUAUGUCCAUGGAUAAUCCGUAUUAUUUCUACAAUGACUCCAAAUCACCGCACACACCAGACUCUCAAUCGUCUAGCAAAGGUUUCUCAAUGUUUAAGCGUCGGAAUGCAAAGGGCAGCAGUCCCCGGCAGAUCGGCAAUCCCGAGCACACGCGUCUAAUCACAUCGGCGAACCUUGAUACGACAGCAACGAUGGCCUUUGGCAGUCCCCGCGGAAGCUUCGGCUCUCUGGGCGGCUUCUCGCAACAAUCGUUUGAACUGCAGCCGCUGAUGCAUCGCCAGCGCUCGUCCAACUCGCACUCGGAGACGUUUCGCGAACGCCUCGGUUCCUUCAACGAAACGCACAGUUCACUGUGCCCCGGUAGUACCGCCAUGGACCACGACGAGGUCUUCAAUCCAUUGACAUCGCCAUCAAGCAAAUCGCACCGCCACCACACGCUGCCUAGCGGCGGGUUGAGACGCCACUCAUUUGGUAACUGGGCGCAGCAGCAGAAGCACAACACAUCGAUUGGCCUGGCCGCGCCGGAUGAGGCUCCAAGCACCAUGGCUCCGCGACCACCGAUGCUUUCGCCCAACAAAUUGCGAGUUACAUCCCACAGAAGAAGAGACAACUGUGGCACCGCGAGCAGUGAAAGCGCCACCAGCCUCGGCCUGGGCUACAACAUGGACGACAUUCUAAUAAUCACAGCCAAGCAUAGUGAGCGGGCCCUCUUGCGCGCCAACUUUCUGAAGAAUCACUUUGACAAGAUCACCAAACAACGCGGACGGAAACCAUUCAAUUUUCUGCACAUCAAAAUUGAAGAUGGUCCCUUCAGCGAGGAGAUUACCCAAAAAUAUCAAAACACAGCUCUGCAGAUCGUUAUACUCUGCCCAGCUCUAAUGGCACUAUCACACUCAUUUUUAAUGGCCCAAUUGAAGGCAAUCAUACGAGUGGACAAGGUGCUUGCCAUACUGUUGGACGUUAGCGAGGAGAAGGUCCGCGAGAUCCAUAAGACGGCGCUGCCCAGUUACCACAAGUGGCGCCGCUGUGCGGUCCGUGACAAUGAUCAGGCGCAGAUCAGCAACAUUCUGGGAAUUGCGACGGACAUUUUGGGGCGAGCGCUCUGCCAGCGACCUCCGUGCCACGACAACAACACAAGUAUGUCCCGAAGCUUCUCCAGCUGUAACGAGGGGUUCACAGUUCUACCAAAGAAAGUGAAGGUGGGCCAAAACAAGGUUGUGGCCAUGCUGGCUGAACCACUCGAGAAGGAUGAUACACUCAAGUUACUGGUGGAAAAGUCGGGCGAACUACUCGAAAUACGAAACUUCAAAUGCCGCAAUCCCUUCACUCUGCAAUUCUCCAUACCAGAAUCCUGCAUGGAGGUAUCGACCAUGAUUGAAAUACGUAUUGAGAAGAAUAACAAGAGUCUGGGUGCACGUCCCAUUAAAUGCGAGAGUCGCAUGAGAGAGCUGGAGCAGUUGCUGCGCAUUGAGGACUCUCCAAUUGAAUUUAUGUGCCAAGCCCUGGGACUUGGACCAGCGGAGCGCGAUGAUCUGGACCUACAUUUACUGCAGUGCUUCCAGCGCAAUAUGCCACCUAAUUUCCACCUACUGAACGGUCCGUACGAGAAGCAGCCACACUUCUUUACACGCCUCGAAUCCAGUCCAGAGGAGUAUCCAACGCUCUUGCACUUUGCUGCUCGCUGGGGCCUCAAUCGCCUGUGUAUCCAGCUUAUGGAAUGUCCAGGUGGAGACACAGCCUGCGGGGUGCGAAACUGCACAGGUCGCACACCUGCCGAGCUCGCAGAGCAGGAGGGUCACCACAAGCUCGCCAAGAGCAUUGAUGGCUUCUCCGCAAUGCACGAGUUCACCACCAUAUAUCAUUUCUACAAGGGCACCAGCAAUGCCAAUUCGAGCGAGAGCUCUGUAGGAACUCAGCCCAAGUCUCAUUCGACCUCAGGCAAGGUGCUCCUGGAGCCGGUAGCGUCAAAGGUCACACCCAGAUCACCCUCCAAGGGCAAAGGCACUGGCAAACCACCCAAGGAACUGCCCUCAGCGGAGUACAUGGAAAUGUCCAGCGGCUCGGAGCGCGAGAACACGCCGGAAGUGCUCCGCAACAAGAGCGAAACAUUGGCCAUUUCCAACCUGAAUUAUAUAAGCGUGGAAACAGAAGAUGAGAAUCUGCAGGGCUCAUCAGCCGAUGUCUGCAAAAACUUCGACACAAACAAGGUGCUGCCCGAGCCUACACUUGGCCCUGAGCAAACUACUAACGAGUUGUACAUCAACGAACCACCGUAUUAUCAGUCCAAGGAGCAAAAUAAAUCCAUCGAUGUAGUCGAUGCGCCUCCGCUUUAUCAGACCGACAAAUUCAGUCAGGAAUGUUCACAGCUCUUAGAGAGCUGCACGCCUGCUCCAUCAACUGGCAACGACUAUGUGCUCCAACCCUCAAACAUACCUGUUACCGUGGUGAACAACACCUGCAUCCCAGAUGAUGGAAACUAUCUAUUCCAGCCCUCCAAUCGACCAGUAGAGGAAGCAAUGCUGCCGCAGGCACAUCGCUCCACAACUCGUCUACAGCCCAGCUAUGGAACGCUAAAACGCAGCGCCUCCGACGCCUCCACCAGCACACGAGCUAACGCUGAUGAUGAACUAGCCGAGAUAAUGUACGACUUCAAGAACAGUGUGCUCUCCAUUCGCGAUGUGGAGCUGUUGGUAGAAAAGUGGAAGCAUCGCAAUGAUGUGCAACAAAGUUUUCGCGAAAAGCAGGAUCAAAUCGAUCAGCUGCGCCGCGAGUACGAGCGUAUUCAGGAGCAAGUUAAGUCGCAACUAAAGCGCGAAACUCCUUUCGAGCGUUUUAAGAAGCUCUUCUCGCGUCACAAGGCAGCCGCAGACAAGCACAGCUGCUGUGGGGAUAGCAUGCUAGAUGAAACUAAAAGCUCCAUAACCACAAACUCCAGCUUCAAGUCCUCGUCAGCACGCCCCAUUAGUUCACUAAGUUUGCAGAGCGUCUCCUCGUCAUCAUCGUCGUCGGGUCGCCUCAGCACAGGAAGCAACUGCAGCGGCGCCUCUCUUGGCGACUCUGGCACGCACUCGGACCACGAGGAUCGUCGCUACAAUUGCCGUCUGGGCAUACCUGGCUCACUAAUGGAUUAUAUGGUGCCACCUACCCCACGGCCUGUUUUUACUCCCAACUCUACACCCGGCGAUGAACGCCAUCAGAUUGUGUUCCCCUCGCCUAUGGCGGGCAGCAACUGCCAGCGACUGCAUACACCAACCAGCCCUACCGCAUCGGAUCAUUAUCAAAUGUUUCCCUCGAACAUACCUGUCUACGGCAGCCAGCCCCUAGCGACAUCCCAGAGCAGUAAUCUGAACACCAUACAGGAGGUCAAGGAGCAUGACGUGCAGCAGGCCAAGUGUUCUCCCAACUAUCAAAAUGGCGUUACGCUCCAGCCCAUCAAGGUGAACGAGCGCAACAACAUCAUUUACGGUAAGCUGAGCAAGAGCACACCCACGUGCAGCUCCUUCAAGCCCAAGCAGGUGGCCUGUCCCCAAGUAAGUAGCAUCGAAGUGCAGGCGGAGGUCUACCAAAACGUAACUGGUGCCGCGGAUCAGGAACAGAGCAAACAAACAGAGCAAGUGGACCAUGGACCGUCUAACUACAUGAACUGCUAGGAGCAAAACGGGGAGCCGGGGACCAUUAUGUACAUUUGGAUUUCAGUUUAAGAACUAUUUUCGGGAUACCUGCACCAGAAUAUUUCUAGACGAAAAAUUUGUCGACAUUUUAAAGUAUAACAGGAUUUGUGUUCAUCUGGAUAAAAUGCUAUCCAGUUCGUAUGGCCGGCCUGCCGUGCAUAAUGUUAUUUUUUCAAGCAUUUACUUUUAAGUGAACAUUUUCAAUAUUACUUCAAUGAGUAUAAACUAGUUACAAGCGAGCCAGCGCCUCCGACUCUUCUGGAAUUUCGCCUUUUUUCAACAUUAUUGUAGCUGUCAUUUUUCUCUAUCAACUUUACUGUUAGGUUAAUGUUCUUGUUGUAAAGUGUUUUCAACCGACCAAGUUAUGUCAACAUAUCGUAAAAUAUGCACACAAUGUGCCUACAUGUAGUAGAUGCAUACAUAUAGUACACACAUAUAUUAAGUUAACACUAAGCUUAUGGCACGAAUGGACCAACGACCUGCGCUAAUAUACUUGUAUAUUUUACUAAAGUAAGCCAUUAGAGUAAGCCCUUAGAAUUGCACGUUUAAUUCGAUUGCAAGAUAUGCGUAUAAGCAUGAAAAAAUACAUUUUUGAACAAAGUUAAAUGUAAUAAAUUUUUCAAUAUCUAA